AUGCCCAGGGAGGUUCUUACCAUCCAGGUGGGCCAAUGCGGCAAUCAGAUCGGCUGCCGAUUCUGGGAUUUAGUCUUGCGUGAACAUGCUUUCGUGUCAAAGACUGCGGUCUACGAUGCAGCUUUGUCUUCUUUCUUUCGCAAUGUGGACACAAGACACGCGAACUUGCCGAGCCUACCCGUUGGAGAUCAGAUACGGACGUUGAAGGCCCGGUGUCUUCUGGUGGAUAUGGAGGAGGGUGUCGUAAACUCGCUCUUGACAGGGCCAUUGGCUGACCUCUUUGAUGCCCGUCAGAGAAUUACUGAUGUUUCAGGUGCCGGAAACAACUGGGCGCACGGCUACCAUGUCUACGGGCCAACCUAUCGCGAAAGCAUCGAGGAGAAAGUUAGAAAGGCUGCAGAGCAGUGCGACUCGUUGCAAUGCUUUCUCCUGCUACACUCUCUCGGUGGUGGCACCGGAAGUGGGCUGGGAACCUACAUCUUGGAGGCCCUGGAAGACUACAUGCCCGAGGUUUUCCGAUUCGUGUCCUGCGUUUGUCCAUCCAGAGAUGACGACGUGGUGACAUCACCCUACAACACGAUCCUUGCCAUGCGCCCGCUCAUUGAAGCCGCGCACUGCGUGCUGCCAACAUCGAACGAUGCCCUCGCUGGCAUUUGCAACCAGAUCUCCGCGCGCGAUGCUGGGGAAGAUGCUGCGCAGGCCACUCUCAUCGACCUGCCACAAGAUGAGCGGCAAGGCGGUCGUCGCCCUCCGCGCCCCAGCAGAACUUCGAGGACAGCUUCUGCACCUCCCAGGAAAAGGGACGCGGAGGCGGUUGUGGAAGCAGCGAUGCUUCACGAAGCUCCAGUGCCACGAUCUGCAGGGGAGAGGCGACCGCGUUCCGCCGGCGCCGAACGGCCCUUCGACAGAAUGAACUCUCUAGUGGCCCACCUGCUGAACAACCUGACGAGUUCGAUGCGAUUCGAGGGAUCUCUGAACCUGGACUUGAACGAAAUCACAAUGAAUUUGGUGCCGUUUCCGCGAAUGCACUUCUUGCUGGCAUCGAUGAGCCCGCUAUACUUCGGCAAAGACCCCCGGCUUGUUUCCAGAGGCUUCCACCAGAUGUUCUCGGAUGUGGUCACGCAGGGCCAUCAGCUGAUGAAUGUCGAUCCCAGGGGAAGCACAUACAUGGCGCUAGCUUUCUUGGUUCGCGGUUCCGCAUCGAUUGCGGACGUGAAUCGCAACAUCGGUCAGCUCCGGAAGAAGCUGAAGCUCUUGCCAUUUAACGAAGAUGCCUUCAAGAUCGGCCUGUGCAAAGUCGCUCCUCGAGGACUUCCGUACUCGGUGCUUCAUUUGGGAAACACCUGUGCGGCGCACCAGAUGUUCAGCCACACUGCCUCCUGGCAUCAAUACUGUAUGGACAAAAAGCAUGCCCGUGAGAAGAGAAGUCGUGGUUUUCAUGGUCCGAUGAGAUGUGCAGCCAUCGAGGUGAAAAACUUUUCACGGCUGUAUUCGCGGAAAGCGCAUGUGCAUCACUAUACGAACUUCAUGGAGCGCGAGGAGUUUGACCAGGCCUUCGAAACCGUCAAUUCGCUGAUUAAGGAUUACAUCCACUUGGACAUGCUGCAGCCGGGUUGCCGCAAGAGCGCGUUAUCCAGAAGCUGCUGCACACAACUCAGCCUCCAUGCUGCUGGCGCCAUCUUCCUGGGCUUCGGCAACAGGAUCUCCAGUGAUGGAGAGGUUCUGCGGCCAGCGGACAAAAGGCCGAUACCCUCGAUCCGUUUUGAACUGCUGACUGCGGAUGGAGGCAUGUUCAGCUUCGUGCUGGAGCCGAAGGACUUUGCCGAGGUGAAAGGCACGGACUGCGUUUUCGCGUUCCAGCCCGUGGACCUGCCACCGAACCUGGGGCCUAUGUGGGUAUUCGGACAGACAGCGCUGAGGAAGUACUACACGGUCUAUGAUGCAAAGCGAUGGCAAGUUGGCGUGGGAUUGGCAAGGCAUUCUGCCCAGAAGCGCACAGGAUCUUUGGUUCAAGAUGGCGCAUCCGCACAAAAGAAAACAGAACCGGAGGUCUGCGAGGACGACAACAAGAACAUGGUUUGGAACCACUUGCCCGGAUGCAAGUCUUUUGCUUCGAUGGGCUAUUGCCACCGUUUCCCACCGCUGGCCAGGAAGUACUGUCGGCUCUCUUGCGCGUUAUGCACUGCCGCCACUUCCGUGAAGACCAGCCCGGCCGAUUUGAUCGAAGAGAAAGACCUGCAGGAGAGCUCCCCAGCGCCCGUGCAGGUGGCAGGCUCUGGUAUGAGACUUUCUGGUGCUCGGCGUGGAGUUGUGAAGCUGAGAACGCUCGGUACUGAUGAAACGUGA